GCCAUCUCAGCCAGUUGCUGUAUUUGCCUUCUGCAGAUAACCAGCUAGGCACUUGGGGGCAGAGGAGGGGGGCAAGGAAAGAUGGGGAGGAUUCCACCCCACACCCAGGCAGUAGAGGGGGUCAAAGCAAAGCCUGGCAGCAAAGCUGGGGUAAGUGCUCCGACUCCAGCCAUGGUGGGGAGAGGGGCCUUUCCUGAGCCAGUAGCUUGCUUACUGAGCCCACUGCAGCCUUAGGGGCAGCCUGGGAGCCCCUCAUUGCAUGCCCCCUCCUGUCUGCACUGCAGCACACAGCACACAUGGGGGUUUACUGCUGAGCCCUGAGGUGCUACCACCCUCCUGGCGUAGGGGCAGGGCUGGGCUCAUGAGGGGAGCUGACGCAAGGAUGGUGGAAGGGGCCAAGGGCUUUCCCCUUUCCUUGAACAUUCCCUGUUCCAAGGCUGUUGUCGCGCACACAGUAACCAGUGACUCCCGUGACGAGUGAGUGGCUCCUCCCAAUGCAACACUGCAUCGCCUUGCUCUUCAUGCCAAGUGCCAGACGAGUGGGCUGGCAGCUUGGGGGAGGGCAGCUGGUGAGCCCCAGCAAGUGGAAGCAGAUUCCUCAGCGGCUCGCCUGCUGCUGGCUGGCUGGGUUGACUCUGUUCAGCAGCUGAGCUGGUGCUGGGAUGGCUGCAGUAAAGGUGGGGGCAGAAGCACGUCCAUGGUUGCUGCUCGUGCUCCCAUCCUCAGCAAUGGGGACCUGGGGCUGCUGGAUUAGUCAAAGAGCACCGGUUUUGCUGCUGGGCCAGGUCCUCUGAGCUGCCUCACCCCCCUCCCAGCUCUGCUCCUACUGGCCAGUUCGGUCAGUACGUCGCAUGGGCUCUGACAGACAGGGCUUCGCCCGAUCCAGCUGAGCCUGGGGGAGCGGGACAGGGCAGGGAGCGGAACUGAAACAGCUGCUGGGGGAGUGGGUUAUGUACUAAUCUGUAGUGAGCUCAAGGCUGUGCCAUUAGGCCAAGUCCCACACUGCACAAAACAGCCAUGCACAACAAGGUGGGAAAGGAAGCAGACUAGUGGGAAAUGUAGCAGCAAAUCCUCCCUGGCAGGUGCCUCCCAGUGUGGUAUUUCAUAGAAGCAUAGAAUAUCAGGGUCAGAAGGGACCUCAGGAGGUCAUCUAGUCCAACCCCCCGCUCAAAGCAGGACCAAUCCCCAACUAAAUCAUCCCAGCCAGAGCUUUGUCAAGCCUGACCUUAAAAACUUCUAGGGAAGGAGAUUCCACCACCUCCCUAGGUAACGCAUUCCAGUGUUUCACCACCCUCCUAGUGAAAAAGUUUUUCCUCAGAUCCAACCUAAACCUCCCCCACUGCAACUUGAGACCAUUACUCCUUGUUCUGUCAUCUGGUACCACUGAGAACAGUCUAGAGCCAUCCUCUUUGGAACCCCCUUUCAGGUAGUUGAAAGCAGCUAUCAAAUCCCCCCUCAUUCUUCUCUUCUGAAGACUAAAACACCCCCAGUUCCCUCAUCCUCUCCUCAUUAGUCAUGUGUUUCAGUCCCCUAAUCAUUUUUGUUGCCCUUCGCUGGACGUUUUCCAAUUUUUCCACAUCCUUCUUGUAAUGUGGGACCCAAAACUGGACACAGUACUCCAGAUGAGGCCUCACUAAUGUCAAAUAGAGGGGAACGAUCAUGUCCCUCAAUCUGCUGGCAAUGCCCCUACUUAUACAUCCCAAAAUGGCAUUGGCCUUCUUGGCAACAAGGGCACACUGUUGACUCAUAUCCAACUUCUCGUCCACUGUAACCCCUAGGUCCUUUUCUGCAGAACUGCUUCCUAGCCAUUCGGUCCCUAGUCUGUAGCGGUGCAUUGGAUUCUUCCGUCCUAAGUGCAGGAUUCUGCAAUUGUCCUUGUCGAACCUCAUCAGAUUUCUUUUGGCCCAAUCCUCCAAUUUGUCUAGGGCCCUCUGUAUCCUAUCCCUACCCUCCAGCGUAUCUACCACUCCUCCCAGUUUAGUGUCAUCCGCAAACUUGCUGAGGGUGCAAUCCACACCAUCCUCCAGAUCAUUUAUGAAGAUAUUGAACAAAACUGGCCCCAGGACCGACCCUUGGGGCACUCCACUUGAUACCGGCUGCCAACUAGACAUGGAGCCAUUGAUCACUACCCAUUGAGCCCGACAAUCUAGCCAACUUUCUUUCCACCUUAUAGUCCAUUCAUCCAACCCAUACUUCUUUAACUUGCUGGCAAGAAUACUGUGGGAGACCGUGUCAAAAGCUUUGCUAAAGUCAAGGAACAACACGUCCACUGCUUUCCCCUCAUCCACAGAGCCAGUUAUCUCGUCAUAGUAGGCAAUUAGAUUAGUCAGGCAUGACUUGCCCUUGGUGAAUCCAUGCUGACUGUUCCUGAUCACUUUCCUCUCCUCUAAGUGCUUCAGAAUUGAUUCCUUGAGAACCUGCUCCAUGAUUUGUCCAGGGACUGAGGUGAGGCUGACUGGCCUGUAGUUCCCAGGAUCCUCCUCCUUCCCUUUUUUAAAGAUUGGCACUAUAUUAGCCUUUUUCCUGUCGUCGGGGACCUCCCCCGAUCACCAUGAUUAUCUUUUCAAAGAUAAUGGCCAGUGGCUCUGCAAUCACAUCCGCCAACUCCUUUAGCACUCUCGGAUGCAACGCAUCCGGCCCCAUGGACUUGUGCUCGUCCAGCUUUUCUAAAUAGUCCCGAACCACUUCUUUCUCCACAGAGGGCUGGUCACCUCCUCCCCAUGCUGUGCUGCCCAGCGCAGCAGUCUGGGAGCUGACCUUGUUCGUGAAGACAGAGGCAAAAAAAGCAUUGAGUACAUUAGCUUUUUUCACAUCCUCUGUCACUAGGUUGCCUCCCUCAUUCAGUAAGGGGCCCACACUUUCCUUGGCUUUCUUCUUGUUGCUAACAUACCUGAAGAAACCCUUCUUGUUACUCUUAACAUCUCUUGCUAGCUGCAACUCCAUGUUUCUCUGCCCUGAGUUGAUUGACUGCCUGUUUGCUCCCACCCUCACCAUCCCUCACACCCGCUUCACCUCAGCAUCACUCCCCUUACCCUUUCCUGCCCCCUGCAACCUCUCACCCUUUUCGCCUCAGGGCCCUCUCCCUUCCCUUUAGGUUAUUCCCUCCUAACCACCACCACCUCCCCAAAAAAACAUGGCACUGCCAUGCUGUUUGCCACUGUCCCACGGUCCCUGCUGGGGUGUGCUCUGCUCUCCCUGCCCUGCCCAGGGUCUGUGUGUGCUGCUUUGAGUGUCAGCGCUUUGGGGCAGGGACUUUUUGUCCUGUCCUUGCAUGGUGCCUAGCACCCUGGGUGCCUGGCCCAUGGCGAAGACUCACAGGAGCAAUGGUAGGACACACAAUAAAUAAUAACAAUAAGCCACCUCAGCCAGGCAUUGUCUGUUCCAGGCUAGCUGUGGGGCCUACCAACAGUGAAGGGGGCUGUGGGAACACACACACACCCAGCUCCCAGACCUGUCUGACAAUGGCGGGGGGCGCUACCCCAUCCAGCUCAGUCUCCCCCUCCCCGCUUUGCUGGUUGUGUUUGUUUGGCCGGCACUUUCCUCUCAAGCUCUGCUCCUGCCCCCAAGGAGUCACAGCUGUGAGGGUGCAGACUAGUGCGGAUACACCACGGCCCCUGCUAAGGAGGGGAGAGGAAGCUGAACAUACCAGCGCCUGCUGUUAACAGCUCAUCACAGCCAGGGUAUAGCCUGGCCAAGCCAGUGACCAGCUGGUCCCGUUUCCAGCCUUUCACCCCGUGCAAACAGCGCCCUGUGGUGUGCGACUCCCCAGCCCUGGCCUGUUAUUCCGGCUUGGGCUACACUUAGAAGUUAUGUCAAUCAGAACAGUCAGAACUGUUACGCUCUGAGUCCUGAGAUUAGACGGAUCUAGCCCGGGGUGGAUGCAGUGUGGUCACCAAAAGAAUUCUUCCACCUUAAACGUAGCUACCGCCUGGGGAGGAAGUGGCUCUGUCACUGCCCUGGAAAAUCCCCUUCCCUCGCUGUACGAAGGGUUCACACUAGAGUGGCACAGCUGCAGCGCGGCCGCUGUAGCCACAGCCUCAGGCCUUGUCUACACUAGACAAUUAAGUUGGCCUAAAUAUGUCCCUCAGGGGUGUGAAAAAUCUAGACCCCUGAGUAAAGCCCCUAAGUCAACCUAACCCGUGGGGUAGCCAGUGGUAGGUCAACAGACGAAUUCUCCCGUUGCCCUAGCAACCCCCUGUCGGGGAGGGGGAUCGCCUAUGCUGAUGGGAAAAGCCCUUGGUCGGGGAAGGUGAUGGCUAAACUGAAACGCUCCUGAUGGGCUCAGAAAUCACCUUGGUGCCUCCAGGCAGGUCUCGCCAUUGCAGGGCACCGCUGGCUCCCCAGGGCUGUGGCCAGCACAGUUGGGUCACAGCGAGGAGCUGAGGCAGCCACGCCGUUCCUGCUCCCGCUGCGUGUGUUGGCUUUGGCUCGCCUCAGGGACUUCGCGCUCUCUGCAGUGGCAAAGCAACAGCCCAGGAUCCGGCUCAGGGCAGGAUCCGAGGACCCAGACAGCCAGCAGGACAGCCAGGACUCUCUUACAGGCUGAUUUCAUCCCUGGGGGCAACUUUCCUCAGCACCCAACUCCUCUGGGGUGGGAGCCAAGGCCAGUCCAGCUCCUGCCACCCUGGGGACGGGCCCUCAGUAACAGCCUGCGCCAGCGAGCUCAGCUGGAGCCCUGCUACUUCCCAAGGCAGCAGGUCCCACCCCAGCCCAGGCCUCAUGGCGCCGGCUCCGGCUGACGUCCCGCUGGACGUGUGUGCCAGGGAAUGUGGGAUUUGCUACGAGGCCUACAAAGCCGCUUCCCAGGGGCGGGUGCCCAAGCUGCUGCUGUGCCAGCACUCGCUGUGCCUCGCCUGCCUCAGGAAGCUGGUCUGCCAGGCCCGGGCCAUCUCCUCUGUGGUCUGCCCCUUCUGCAGGACUGUGACCCUGGUGCCCGAGCAGGGGCUGCAGGCCCUGCAGAACGACGAGGACAUUCUGCGGGAAGCGUCGGCCCUGGGCAGCCCCAGGGUCCUGGCGGGGGCCAGCUCGGCCCCAGGGGAGGAGGAGAGGGAGGACGAGGCAGCCCCCAGCGCCUCGGAGUACUCCACAAGCGACUCCUCUCUCUCCCUGGACGUGGAGUUUAACUACGUGACCCAUUCGUCCAUCUUCACCAUAAGCAGCGUGGUCUCCCCGUAUGGCUUGGCGGGGCCGGGCAGCCCCAGGGCCUGGAGCGGUCUCCGUGUGCAGGAGGUGCAGAACACCUUCUUGGUGGGGCUCCCAGGCCCAGCGGCACCCGCGGAUGCUCAACCACCCAUCUCCUCAGUGGAGAAUCUGCGCCUGUGCUUCGCCAUGGGCAUCCUCAUCCUCGUCAUCUCCGUCUUCUUCCUGCUGGUCUUCCUGAAGUAGGCCAGGACCUGGGGGUGCAGCCGGAGGGGCGGCCGGAACCAGCUCAGGACAGAACUGACCCAGUAGCCACGGGGACCCAGGGUCAGGCUGCUGAUGGAGUAGUGGGGAGAGGCCUUUUCAGAUGGAUCAGCUGAGCUCUGACCUGGGACCCCUGCAGGAGCCCAAGCGCGGCAGCCUCCACCCAGAGCCUUGCUGAGCCACGUGCAUGGUGUCCUUAGUGGUGGGGAUGCAGGGUGGGCUGAGCGUGGGUGCCAGGGAAAUCCCCCACAGCCACCUCGUGGCAGCAUGAGAGUUGGGGGUGACCACUGGGCCCCAGGCUUGGUCCCAGCACUGAGUGUUGUGGGGUGGUACUUAGCGGCUCUGGGCAGGAGGCAGCCGCUGCGUGGCUGAAUUGGCUGCAGCUUUGUCUAUGGGUCAGUGACUCAGCGUGGAGUGGGCACCAGAAUAGCUGGGGUAGGCGUUGCGUGGGUGUGGCUCCACGCUGGGUACGGGCGUUAUGAAUGCGCAGCACUGUGGACAGUUCUGCCAAAGUUAGCCCAGCUGGCCUCCAGGAACCAGAGGCACUCAGAAUUACAGGCCCAUUUUGGAUACUGCCUCAUGUAACAGGCAGGGAUUGAACUGCUCCCUGCUCUAGCUUGACUGAGUUACUGGCUAGAGCUCACAGCAGCAGCAGCCGCUGACCCUCAGCGUCCUUAAGUGCCAAGGCUUCUAGGCCCAGAGCCUGAAAGGGACUGGGGGCUGCUGCCCAUUGUCCAUUGACGUCCGUGGGCGUUAGGAGCUGAAAUAGCUUUGAGGGUCUGGGCCUUACUGCCUGUGCACGCUCGGGUGGGUGCGCUUGUGGGGUGAGAACCUCCCUCCCCCUCCACCUGGAGUUGCUUCCCUUUGAGCAGUCUCAGCACUGCCAGUCAAUAAUGGUCAGGGGUCAGGCUCCGCACACAGAAGCCUGAACACUGAUAUUUUGGGUUCUUUGGCUUUGCUGCUGGUUUCUGAGGCUUUAGCUCAUGGUUUUAGGCUUUUUGGCACAACCAUGAGGGCCAGAAGUGACUUUUUUGUUGUGUUUUCUUUUUGUUAAUGCAAGUUGAGCUUCUCUCCUAAUCACAUGACUCCAGGUGCAGGGGCUUCAUGAAACAUCUCGCACUGUGCAAGGGUUGUAACACUGCCAUGUUGAGUGAUGACUCCCCAGGCUGUAGCUCCACACUCAGCUGCCAGUUUUUAAAUGUGGCAGCCAGACCUGGGAGGCAAGAGUCAUCGGUCUGUUCUCAGCUCUCCCACAGACUCACUGAGUGCCCAUGGACGAGUAACUCCCCUCUCAGUGCCUCAAUUUCCCCUUCUGUAAAUCAGGGAUAAUGACAUGGGCCUAUCUCUCUAGGGGAACUAGAAUAGGGGGCAGUGUCAUGGUACUGGUGCUGUGGACCAGCCCUGGGAUGAAUCCUUGCAUGGCUGGCCGCCCUGCCCUCACAGAGCCAGCAGCCCGUGGAGCCCACAUGGUGCACUUAGGGCAGGGCAGGGCAGCGAUAAUUAGGGCCAUAAAGCCCAACAGUCCCAGGUUGCAGCAAAUGGCCACUGCCUUGACAGCACAAGCCUACCUGCUGCCAUUGGCACCCCACAGUGGGCCACUGGUCUCAGUGGCUACUGAAGCAGGUCUCUCAGGAAGGGAGCCAGGCCUGUUGCUAGAGUUCCCCCACCUGGCCGAGGUUCCUAGCCCUCGUGGGGACUGGGUGCUGCCUUCUCCAUCCUGCACCAUCCCGAUGCUGGGCAUGGCAGGAUCCCAAGGGUGGGGGAAGGAAGGACCCUCGGUAGGGGGGAGGGUGAGUGGUGUGGGCAGCACAGGGAGUUGUGGGGACCAGGAGAUGAGAGAAUGAGGCUGGUAGGAGAGAGCGUGAGGGGGGCAGAAUAGCCCAGCUGAAGCUCUGGCCAAGCUCCCAGCAAGGGAGGGAGGAGCUGGGGUGACCAGAAGGGUGCAGGGCAUUUAGGGAACCCCUUGAAAGGGAGCAGGACUCUGGGAAAGCUCCUGUUUGGCUGGACAGGAGCAGGAAG